AAAUCCCCGUGUCGUGCGUUCCUUUACGACGGGUCCUCAGGGACUGUCUGCCAACAAUGAUUCCAGUCUUCCGACGAGCAGGCCCGGCACAAGCAUGCUUCGGCAUCCCACUGUGACGCGGCAAGCCUCUGUCGCUGUUAUGGAGACCGCGAUGGCGCGUACUGAGACUGAGGUUCGACCCCCUCAGAUGGUUGCACCCCCACCGUCACAUUCGAUACUUAAAACGGCUGGCACCAGUCGACCGCCUUCGUCAAGGGAAUAUCGAAGUGACCCUGAAGGUGGCAAAAAUGUGUUUUCCUCCAAGACUAUCAAGCCGCCGAAGCCAAUUAAUCUUAAGGAUGUCCUCAACUUGUCACCAAUGCCAUCAGAUGCAAAUAAUGGUAUCUUCGGAGGCGGUGCCGACUUGUUGCCUCCGUCCCCAUCCUUGGCAUAUUCUCACUUCAGACGCCCUUCUCGGUCUCCGCAGUCUGAAACGUCGUUUUCAAAAGCCGACCCCUCCAGCCACACGCCCCCCGUUCCGUCCCAGUUAUCCCGCGCGGUCAACCCCUUGCCAAAAUCGUCAAACGACGCCACUAGCUUGCUGCUUGGUCCUCGGCCUAUUCCCCCAUCGCUCGAAUCAUUGGACUAUCAAAAGCUGAUGGACAUCGAUGAUAUGAACGCCACUCUCUCGAAAACAGUUGAUGAUCUCUGUCGAUGGCUGAAAGUGGUCGAAUGGGAUCUCACGAGCCUUACUCGCCAUGUUGAUGGGGAUGAUGAUCCCCAAGCUCCGGUUGGGAAGAUGAUGACAAUCGAGGAAGGCGACCAAAGCGGCGAGGGAACAAGUUAAUCCCUCACUGAUGCAUUGCAUCUUUUCCCAAUGGGGCUUAUCUACUUUUUAUGCAAAGUAUGCAAACAUAGCGCCAUCGGCUCCCCUGCCUUCUGG